AUGAAAGGGCUUGGAUGUUGCCUCACCAUUUUUGCCGUACCAGCAACCAGACAGGCUCUUUUUGCUAUUUGUUUACAGUUUUCAUUCGUCCCUCAGUUUGAUUUCAUCCCUUUUAUUCGUCCUCGCUACUACGCUCGGAUUGUAGCUGUAGCCUCAUUUUCACCUUAUCGUUGUGGAGACGAUGCUAUCUAUUCGGUCGGGCAGCUUCAUUUCCGCAUUAUCUACGGCCGCCCUGAUUGCAUUCUUAAGCUGUCAGGAUUGCGAGAUUGUGGCCGAGUCUGA